AUGGCCGCGGCCGACAUUGAGAGCUGGGACGACGAUGUCGACUUCCAGGGCGAUCUCUUCACAAACUCCGUCUCGACCGUGCAAACUCAUUUUUCCUCACGCCUGUCACUGCGCUCCGAAUCCGCUGCUGCUGACGAUGACUGGCAUGUCAUGCUGGCGCCCAACGACGACUCCUCCGCCAACAACGCAAUCCAGUCCGCCCGCCUCCACGCCGGCAUCCCUAUUCCUAACAAUGUCCCCCCUUCAGCUCUGAUGAGCGGCAAGAUUCAGCGUCUAGGUAACGCGCCCUCUCGCCGAACACUCCCUCCCCGUCAAGACGACGACUGGGCCGACGACCUGGAAAUCGGCGACGACGCUCCGCUCUCGCUUAAAUUGCCCAAGACUUCCCACCAAGAACACGAGGAGGAACAUGACGACUUCGACGACUUCACAGAGGGUAGCCUAGGCAUUCGCUUCGCCGGUACACGUCGCGACCAGCGCAACAGGAGCUUUUCCGGCUCCCAGUUGGGCUCCGCCAUGAGCCCUAGUCUCGGCAGCGUCUUGACUGAAAGCGAGGAUGACUUUGGCGGCCUUGAACUUCCUGAAGGACCUAUCGACCUGGGUAAGAUGCUUAAGAAGCGUCAACAGCAAGUCGAGGCUCCUACUUCGCAACCCCAGGAUGAGGACGACUUCGAAAGUGGCCUUGACAUCGGCGCAGGCAAUGUCUUUGAUCCAAGCAAGCUCACCCUCCACCGCAACAUUCAACAAAGACAGACCAAGUCCUCGUCGUCGACUCGUGCACCCACUACAACCCUCACUUUCUCCGAGAAGCCUUCUGCCACGCGCAUCCCCCGACCCGUUCCCUCGUCGAAGCCUGCUUCCCGCCUCGAGCCCGUAUUUGAACCUGGAGCUACUCUUGUCACGCGUCAACGACCUCAACCCUCUACAUCGGGUUCUAAUUUCCUGCGCAGCAAGCGCUCCAUGCCCGUUCUGCGCGGUCCCCAGCAGAGCGUCAAGCCCGUACCAUUCUUACCAGCCGGAACCUCAGCCCAGUCGCACCACACUACCGCCAAGCCUCCUUCGCGUACUUCUGCGUACCACCUCCGUCGCGAGGCCGAACCUCAUCGCAGCCAGUCGCCUCCCCUCCGCUCUUACUCACGCUUGUCUUCGGGCUAUGUACCCGACACUCCUUCCCGCUCUGGUCGCCGUGCCGACCUUGCCCCUGCCGCACUUGCGAGGGAAGCUGCAUCCAAGCGCACCGUGACGAAGCCUUCUCGCAGACGCAACUUUGGUGAUGGAACCGAGCUCGACCUCUUCGACGACUUGCCCACAUCGUCGACCAAGGAAUCAAGGUAUCUCAAGCAGCCUUCUGCCAGGGGUGCACCCAAGUCGGUUCGCAACAUUCCGAGCAGAAUCGAUGUUACUGGCCCUACCAAAAUCCCUCUGCCCGAGCGCAUGCAGACUCCCGCUCCCGUGACACCUCGCAGCCCCAUGCCCAUGAAGGGAUUCCAGGACCAGUCCAACACCCCGCGUUAUCUUCGCGAUACUGCAGCCAGCCGUAUCGCACGCGAAUCACGCCUCAGGGCCGCAGGAACUGGCCGUCCCAAGAGCGAGGGCCCGCUUAUGCCUGUCAGCACCAACUGGAAGGCUCAGAUUGCUGCCCGCAGUCCCCACACCAGCCCCAGUGCUUCCAGGAUCAAGGCCAAGCGUCCUCAGCUCAUUACUCCCAGCACCACCAAUGUCGGCAAGCCAAUCAUUGAAAAGGGUAUGACCUUCAACCCUCAGACUUUGCGCUGGGAAGGCAAUGAGAACAGUCUGGCUCCAUUCGAGCUUGGUCCGCUCCUACCGACCCCCACUCCGACCGCCCACGAUGCACAGCAGACUUCCUACAUGACUGCGCGCCCACUUCCGCCCUCCCCUCCCAGACCUGCUCUUAUCACCCCGCUCGCGUCAGACUAUUCCAACCAGAACAUUAAGGUUGUCGGUGGAAUGGUCUUUGACCCCCGUCGCAUGUGCUGGCUCAAGCUGCGUGCCGGAGAUUCUAGGAACAACAGUCCUAGCGUUACCGAGGACGAAGAGGACCCUUUCGCCGCCAUUGAAGAUCUCAAGGAGGGCCCCACCUCUGCUCCCGAUGGCGCACAAACUACUGGUGGCGAUGAGUGGCUGGUUGGUGAGGAAUUCGACCUUGGUCCCGAAUUCAUUCGUCGCCAACGCGAUGAGGAGCAAGUCUGGCGCCGCAGAUGCGAGGCUUGGUUCCCCAUGGAUGGUGGCUGCCGUCGUUCCAACGACUCGUGGCGAUGGGCAAUCCGCGACAUUGCCGGCCAAAUGCUCUAA